AUGUCUUCUUAUUACAGAAGAGAGAGUAGUGAGAGAAGCACUGAGCGCCAACAGAUAAAUCGUAAGAAGAGUGAAAAAGAAUUUGAAUGGAAUAAUUAGUUAUAAACUUUAGAGAAUGAGCUUGAGGAGAAGAUUAAGAAAGAGAAAGAGAUGUGCUAUUAAAUUAAUAAUUUAAAGGAGGAUUUGGAAAAAAAAUUAAAAGAAUUAGAUGAAAAUUAGUCAUAGGUUAGUGAAAACAAUUCAACUUAACGCUUUUAAUCUCGCAAAAAUGUGUUUGGAACUUUUAAAUAAAAAACAAACACAGAUAAAAUGUCAUCACUUGCUUACACAGCAAGUACAAUAAAAAAGAAGCAAUCAUAAUCUCCUAUAAGAGACAUUGGCGGUGCUUCUACUUAUUCUAAAUAAAAAACUUACACAAAUUAAAGUCCUAGAAAUAAAACCCCUACAAAGUAAACAAAUAUAAAUUAUACUGAGUUAAAAACUCAUGUCUCGAGUAAAAGCUCUAACAAUAUAUUAUAAAGUUCAAAUUAAAAUAUUAAAAAUAAAAAUAUAAUGAUUAAUGUUAAUUAAAAUGGACUGGGAAGUAGCUUUGCUACUUAAGAAAGCAAAGAAAUAACUUAUGCUUAGAUAGCAGAAGAGCGAAUCAAAAGUGGUGAGAGAUUAAGGUCAAACUUGGAGUAGGAGAGAUAAAUUUUAAUACUUAAGCAAGCAAACGAAGUUUAAGAAAACGAAAUUAAGAGACUAAGAUCUAACAAAUAAAUAGAUUAAGAACGAUAUGAGGCAUUGUAAAAAGAGAAUAUUUCUAUUCUAUAAAAAUUGAAGGAGUUAGAAAUUAAAUACUAAGUGUAGAAUGAACGAAUUAAAGAUAUUGAAUGGGAGAAUAAUAAGUUAAUGGAUGAAGUUAAUAUCAAAGACGCUCGUGUCAAGUAAAUUAAAGAUAACGACUUCAAAGUUAAAGAAUAUUAGGAAAAAUAUGAAUUAAAAGUUUUAGAAAUUCAAGCUUUACAAAGGCAGAUUGACCAAAUAAAUGAAAAACAUUUGCAAUUUAAAUUGCAAAUGCAGUAAAGAGAUUCUGACAUAAAAAACGAAAUUAAGACAUCAGAAUUGAUAAUACAGCAGCAAGAGUCAUAAAUUCAAAAUUUAAAUGAAUAGAUUUUAGAACUACAAAAUUAGAACACUGCAAUUUUGAGAGAAUAACACACUACUACUUAAAUUGAAGAAGAUUGGAAAAAUGAAGUUUCGUGCCGUAUCUAAAAAGAAAAAGAAAUCGAAGACUUGCUUUAAGAAAUAAGAAAUAUAAAAGAAAAUAAUUAGAUAAAAGAGGUGCAGUAACAAGGAAAAAUGCUUCUUCUUUUUGCCGAAAACGAAAGACUUCAUCAGAUUAUAAUGAAUAUGCAAAUGGAAGUUAAAACACUUAAAGGAUAAGUUAGCUAAUAUUAGCAAAAUACAUUCAAUAUAUCGUUUAAUUCAGCUAAUAAGCCAAGUAUGACGUAAGGCAUUAAUGCUACUUAAGAAGAGCUUGAGAAAGUCAAGCUUCAUCUCUAAGUUAAACUCAAAGAAAAUGAGAACUUAAGGAACUAAAUUUCAAGUCUUGAGCAGUUGCCUUAAAUUGUAACUGAGCUUGAGAGAAAACUAAAGCUGCAAAUAUCAGAAAACAAAAGACUUACAUAAAUGAUAUAUGGCAGAUUAAAUGAUAAAUGGUGA